CCAGUUAAUCUGCUCAGAUACGCAAGCCAGCUGUCAAUCAUCUCUAAGUUUAUUGCUUGUCAAUCAAACAGCGAGGGGAAUAUUUUUAGGCACCGCAGGGAGUUGUACGUGGGAGAAUGUAAAUCAUGAAUGGACGGAGUCAGAAGUUGACGGUUGUAAGACAUGCAAGUGUACGAUACUGGAUGGUGAUCUGUUCGAAGAAUGUAGAACGGUUAUGCGACCAACUGCUUGGCCGUCCGAGUGCGACCGGAUCAGAAGAGGAUGCGAGUACAUCAUCCGGAUGAAGAGCAACCCGAAUAAGGUGUGUCCUGGCUGGGCGUUCACAAGCUACAUCUACUGGGUCCGGGUAUCCGGUUAUUCGUGGGACAACGGGGUUAGAGUGGAUGGAACUCCAAGGAGGGUGGUGUCAGAACCUCACCCUGACUUUGACGAUAGUCAGUCGACGGUCGUGCUGGUCCCAUCCCGCCCUGGGAUUGCGACUGGACCGACGGACCAGACAUCAAUGGUUCCGCUAAACACUACAGCAGCGGUGGUGCAGAUAGUCUCGCCUUCCCCGGUCGAGCCUUCGCGACCGAGAAAGAAGCUCCGCUGUCGGAAAAGACGAAAAUCAAAACGAUGUCGGAAUAAGAAUAAGAAAAAUAAAAGGCGUAAAAAAGGGAAGAGGAAGAAGAGCAAAAAGAGCAACCGUACAGCAGGUCUUUUGGGCAAGCGAUCGGCGCCGGACGUUUCCACGUGAUCGUCGAAUUCAUCUUAUAUACCAAACAAACUUCUACCUUUAAUCUCAAACACACGGUACCUUAACGUUAAAGUUCAUGUGGUGGAGGCGGCCUGACGGCGGAUAUAAGCGCCAUUUUUCAAUAACCGAGCAUUGCGAAGAAGUUCGUGCUUAUAGAGUAUAAAUUUAUUCGCCCAUUCGCCGAAAUAACCACUGUGGACUCGCUUGCUUUAUUUCUGUCAGUAUUCAACCGUUUAGUAGCUGUACAUCUCCUUUCGAAGUGACUCAUAUAGUAAAUCCGGCAAGCGACCUAUAUUUAAAGUGUGUAUCAGCAGUCACGCUGCUUUAAUAUACACCCAUGUAUACAUAAAACCUUUCAAACGCGCCCUUCAAAAACCAUGUUGUAAGUUCAUUUCUAUUUCAGCUAAUCCCCUCUUUCCGCUUAAAACCCUCAAGCCCAUGCUUUCAAAGCGCCAGUAAUUCGGAUGUGAUUACAGGCGUGGACUGUACCCAGUGAAUAACGCAUCAGUAGUAUGAUCCAUUCAGACAUAGGGUUUAUAGAUGGCACCUAUAUUUGGAUCAGUCGGGGCAAUAUUGGGUUCAAAUCUUAAGAUGGCACGGGUUCUUUCGGAUUUAGAAUGUCAGCUUUGGAAGGGACUGGGGUUAUUGGGAAAAGUUACAAGAUACUCUUAUCGUGUCAGUAUACAUUUUUAUGUGUGUUUUGUGCUAUGCCUAUUUUGCUCUAUAUAAGAUGUGCCCAACAGACCUACGUUAAGUUAUAUCGGCAAUCAUUUUGAAGACAAUGGGUGCAAUGUUUCGCUGCACUGGCGAAGGAUCCGUUCUCUGUUUGAUUUUUCAACCCUCACCGCCCGUGAUUUAACCGUAUAUUGUUUGAGUCGCUAUUCCCCGCUUGUAAAGUUGGCGAGCUGUGUAAAUAAAAGUUUGAGAACCUGUA